AUGGGUCUUUUCUACUAUCACGACGAUCUGCCAGGUGACUUUACCGAAGAUCAUAAUUCCGGCGAAAAGGUCUCCGAAGAACAGCUUUCGAAGCUUGGUGUUUUCUACAGAUACUUGGAAACGGUGGAUGAGGUCAACGAAGUGGCCAAGGAGCGCAACUACAAGAACAGAGACGAAAUUGUUCUGUCACCUGCCACUUUCCCCGGUGGCCCCGAUGCCCUACAGGCCAAGCUGGAAGUUUUCUACAGGGAACAUCUCCACGAGGACGAGGAGAUCCGGUACAUUUUGGACGGUGAAGGAUUUUUCGACGUGAGAGACAACAACGACAGAUGGGUCCGUGCCAAACUGACUAAGGGCGAUCUGUUGAUUCUUCCAGCUGGAAUCUACCACCGUUUUACUUUGAGUACUUCCAAAUACGUGAAAGCUCUGAGACUUUUCAAGGACGAGCCUAAAUGGGUGGCCUUGGACAGAGGAACCACACAGGCUGAGACCAGUGUUUCCAGAGACGAAUUGUACACUCUUCAAGCGCCGAGAUCUUUCAGCAGAGAUGCUGUCAGACUGCUGAGUGUCAAGCCCGAGCCACAGAACAACGUCAAACCACUGUCGUCGUUCGAUCUCAAGAUGAUGGAAAAAGUUAGCAAUUUCGAGCAAAGCGGGUGGUACAGAUGGACUCCGCGGAUUUUCAGGCCGUAUAUGCGCGGGAUCAUGACUCGACCACUUGGGUUUGGUGCCAGUUUCCUGAUUCUACACGAAUUGACUGCGAUUAUCCCGUUUGCUGGGCUCUGGUGGUGGUUUCUCCAUUUUGACUGGAUCCCGUUGGACGUCCCGCAAGAGUUUGUGGCCAAGGGAAUCGACAUUCUGUCGCGCAAGGUGAUCAACUGGGAUAUCGGCCUGGUGGACAAGACCAAGGUCGUGAUGGCCGGGGCCAACGCUUACGCUGCUACAAAACUACUACUUCCGGUGCGCUUACCGAUCAGUUUUGUUUUUGCACCGCUUUUCGAUAGCUGGGUGAUGCGGCCAAUCCAGUCAGCAUGGUCUCGGUUCAGAAACCACCAGAGUCGGAUCUCUGUGGUGCAAAAGUAUGAGAUUCUUGGAUAUAUUGCGGCUGGAACGUAUGGAAAAGUGUACAAGGCACGAGGCAAGACCAAACAGCUUGGAAACAACCUGUAUGCGAUCAAGAAGUUCAAAACUGAUUCAAAAGACAAUGAGGUGGUUCAUUACACUGGAAUCAGCCAGAGUGCCAUACGAGAGAUGUCUCUAUGUAAGGAAGUUGUUCACAAGAACAUCUCCAAACUGAUCGAGAUCAUUCUUGAGCGCAAAUGUAUCUACAUGGUGUUCGAGUUUGCUGAGCACGACUUGUUGCAAGUUAUCCAUUACCAUUCGCAGCCGGAACCAAGACCCAUCCCCGAGGCGACGCUCAAAUCAGCCAUGUACCAGAUUCUGGAUGGCUUGUCAUUCUUGCAUCAGAACUGGGUGCUCCAUAGAGACCUGAAACCGGCAAACAUCAUGGUGACGAACGAAGGUGUGGUUAAGAUUGGAGAUCUGGGACUCGCAAGAAGAUUCAAUAACCCGCUACAAAGUUUGUACUCUGGAGAUAAAGUGGUGGUGACUAUUUGGUACAGAGCGCCAGAACUGCUUCUUGGCGCCCGCCAUUAUACGCCGGCGAUUGAUCUGUGGGCCGUUGGAUGCAUUUUGGCGGAGAUGUUUUCGUUGCGGCCGCUAUUCAAAGGAGAAGAGACCAAAAUGGAUAAUAAGAAACAGGUUCCGUUCCAGGAGAACCAGCUGAUCAAAAUCCUCGAGAUUUUGGGAACGCCCACCUUGGAAAAAUGGCCAAGUCUGAACAAUUACCCCGAGUACCAGCAACUGUCCAAGAUCUCGAUGUUUCCGCCAAACUUGAAAGCUUGGUACCAUUCAAACGGGGGCAGCAACAAGAAUUGUCUGAAACUGCUCACAAGUCUGCUGGAGUACGACCCGGCAAAAAGGAUCAACGCUCUGGAGUCGCUCGACCACAAGUGGUUCCAGGAGUCGCCGAAACCGACCGAAAAUAUCUUCGCAAACUCUCCGUUCAAGUAUCCGCAGCGCAAGAUCAAAAAGGACGACAGCGACAUUCUGGGAGGACAGGUCUACGCAAACGGAAAGCGUCCGUUUGGAGGCAACAGCGUUCUGUUCGUGUUCUGGAACUUCCAUGGCGUCGAAUUGGCUCUUCAACAUGCUGCUUUUCAUGAAAUGGCCCUUUCUCUGGCUCAUUCGGUCGUAGAUAAUGCUGUAGUCGUUAUACAGGAAGAUCAUAAAGAGCGUGAUAUUUGGGUUCUUUUUGGCAGCAACUUCUUUGAUGAAGUCUCUGUACUUCUUGUUGAGCAUCGAACAGCUCACUACCACCGUCUUGCUUUCGCUCGUUGCAUCGGCAGCAAUGUUGGUGAGGUUUUCCAGCCAGCCCCACCGAUCGUCAUCGGUAAGAGCGAUGCCCUGCGACAUUUUGUCGAUAUUUGCUUUCGGAUGGAAUGCAUCGCCUUCCACAAACCGGCAUCUCAAACUCUGGCUAAGGCUCUCACCCACUGUGGAUUUGCCCGUUCCUGA